GGAGGACGUGAGAUUCGUGCGUGUUCUGCGGCUUCGCAUCGGCAUUGUCGCCAAAAGGAGAGGAGAUAAUAAGAGAGAGAGAGAGAGCGAUAACUCACCAGUGGGUCUUCUAUCCUCCAGGAUCUCCAUUUUGAGCUCUUGCCUGAAUCUCCAUUUGGGGGAUCACGUAGUCAGGAUUCGAGUUUGCAGCUAGCUCUAGGGUCCCAUGUAUUGAGCGUUGCGACACAGACAAUCCCAGCGCGGUGGACAAUGGGGACCGAGAAGAAUCUGCUUGUUCAAGUGGUGGGUCGGAAUGGCAAAGAGAUUAUCAAGGGAGGAGUGGAAGUCUCUUCAGAGGCAACAUUGGAGGAUUUGAAGAAGGUCAUUUACAGCCGAAAUAAAAAAUUCUACCUGGAGAGGCAACGACUCACUCUGCCUCUCCAACCCGGACAGAGCCGUCCGACUCCAGUAGACGAGUCCAAGAAACUGAAAGACCAGCUCUCUUCUGAUCAGCCCCAGGUGGUAUUCAAAGACUUAGGUCCCCAAGUAUCCUACAAAAUACUCUUCUGCUUCGAGUACCUUGGCCCUCUAGUCAUCUACCCUCUCUUUUAUUUCUUCCCUCAAAUCUACACCUACGUUGGUCUUCCACUUCGCAAGGUCACCCACCCCGUGCAGACGUACGCUCUAUAUGCAUGGUGCUUCCACUACGCCAAACGAGAAUUUGAAACCUUUUGCAUCCACCGCUUCAGUCAUGCCACUUCCCCUCUCUCCAACGUCUACCGGAAUUGUGCUUAUUACUGGCUGUUCGGGGCCCUCAUUGCCUACUUUGUGAACCAUCCAUUGUACACCCCUGUGAGUGAGAAGCAAAUGUACGUGGGGUUGGCAAUUUCCAUCGUGAGCCAGCUCUCCAAUUUCUACUGUCACAUCAUCUUGAAGAAUUUGAGGUCUCCGGAUGGAAAGGGAGGAUACCAGAUACCCUACGGUUUCCUGUUCAAUUAUGUGACUUGUGCGAACUAUACCACCGAGAUUUGGCAGUGGAUUGGGUUUAACAUUGCGACUCAGACGGUGGCAGGAUACCUCUUCCUGGCAGCGGCAGGAUACAUCAUGUCUGUGUGGGCUCUUCAGAAACACAAGCGCUUGAAGAAGACGUUUGAUGGGAAAGAUGGUCGGAAGAAGUACCCUCGAAGAUUUGUGAUCUUCCCCCCGCUUUUGUGAGCAGAUAAACUGGGACUUCUUAUAUUGUCUUUACCUCUGAGCUUAGUUGGGGGCGAAACAUAUGAGCUUUUGUAUAGGAUUCAGCUAAGUGAUAUUUUAAAGCGUGAUUCUCGAUUUAUUUGAUACUUCUGCUUGUGUAAAGAAGCAGAUGGAGAAGCAGUUUAAUUUGUAUUUGGUAGAGCAUUUGCAUUUUCUUCUUUCAAUGCGCAGUCGCUUGUAUGCCAUCUCAUUUAUACGUCCUCUGGUGAGAGCAGAAAGUAAACGAUGACUUCGGUGCAAUUGGCAUGUUUUUGAUCACUUUUAUACUCAAGUGGCACGCGUUCAGAUCGCUUGAAUACAAUUGUGAUAAGAGGAUUUAUCUCA